AUGUCUCAAAUUAUUUCUAAACAAAUUGUUAUCUGUUUUGAACCCAAUAGUCAAUCGCGACUACAAAUCAAGGACCAGGAGAAGCAGAUUCUGGACCAACUUUUGGACAAAAACAAAUACGACACCCGUAUAGUACCGGUAGGAGUGGACGCGAAUGGGACACAGGGGCCGGUAGUGGUGAACACGAAUAUAUACAUCCGAUCCAUUGAGUACAUCUGCACAAAGAAGAAUGAAUGGAAAGUUCAGAUCACUUUCCGCCAGAAGUGGAACGACCAACGGCUCAAAUACGACGACAGGGUCGGCAAAAUCAAGUACUUGUCCCUCGAGGACAAGGAGGACAUCUGGAUUCCCGACACCUUCUUCUCGAAUGCCCGCGAAAGCGAAGCCCAGGCAGACAUUAAGCCAAACACAUUGAUCCGCAUAUAUCCCAACGGAAACGUAUUGUUUUCCAUACGACUCGUCGAGACACUCGCCUGUCCUAUGGAUCUCAAACACUAUCCAUUCGACACACAGACCUGUGCCAUACAAAUGGCCAGUUAUGGGUUCACGACCGAGGAUCUGGUGUUUGAGUGGAAAGAGGAGGACCCGGUUCAGGUGACCAGACAACUGGCCCUCCAUGAGUUCUCACUCGAUAGCUAUCAAACCAAUUAUUGCACCUCAAAGACCAACACAGGGGAAUACUCGUGCAUAAAAGCGGAGUUCCAGUUCAGUCGACACUCCUCUAAGUAUGGGUGCCAAUGGUUUUUGCCGACGGCUGUCCUCACAUUCAUAGCGUUUGUGUCGUUUUGGUUGAAACCCGAUAAGUGUUCGCGGAUUCGCCUAUUGGUGGUCACACUUCUGCUGCUAUACUUACACGUCCUCUACAUAAACGCCAAGUCCUCGUCCACUGUCAGCUACCACACGGCUAAGGACUGCUGGACCUCCACGUGUCUGCUCUUCGUUUUGGCCGCUUUCCUCGAGUACGGUAUCGUCCGAUUGGUCCACAAGUACACCAAACACUCCGCCAAAUCAUGCCUCGACUCCAGUGAAUGCAAAAACGGCAAAACUGUCAACAACUGCGAGGAGGGCGAUGCCGUCGCACUGAAACCACUGGUAGAUGAGGGCCAGGAGAAGGGCGAGAAGGGAGAGGAGGCCAAGGAGUACACCGUCAACGAAGUUGUCAACCGUCGCAACUAUGUUCAGAAGUGGAGACAGUCAUCCCUGGCCUCCCAAAUCGACUACCUGUCAGCCAUACUCUUCCCAUUCUUGUUCGUCAUAUACAUCAUUGUCUUCUUCUCGUAUCAGACAUUCAAAGAUUAAAAUCCACAAUAAAUACAACAUUUCGUACUAUUAUUCACACGAUUUGCAGAGUUAUUUGAGAUUCAAAUAUAAAUUAAACUAUAAUUCAAUUGUUUAUUCCAUGUAUCCCUUAAAACAUAAUUUCUUUCAAUUAAUAUAUUUUAUACACA